AUGGAAGUGAAAGAAGAAAGUCAAGAACUGAAUGAGGUGGAGAAACAUCAGGAUCCGAAAUCUUCUAACUUCAUACAAGAAGAAGAAUAUAGUUGCUCACAGACGGCGAAGAAUUCCUCAAAAAGGAGAACUGGAAGAACAAAAGCUCAAAAGUCUGUCACCUGUCCUCAGUGUGGAAAGUGUUUAACGCUUAAAAGCCUUAAGAAACACAUGGGAAUUCACACCGGAGUGAAGCCGUACACAUGCCCUCAGUGCGGAAAGAGUUUUUUGCAUAAGUCAAAUCUUAGAACUCACAUCAGAAUUCACACUGGAGAGAAACCGUACACAUGCUCUCAGUGUGGAUGGCGUUUCAGACUAAAAGAACAUCUCAAUAGUCACAUGAACGUUCACACUAGAGAGAAGUCUAAUACAUGUCAUCAAUGUGGGAAAGUUUUCACACGUCCACAGUCUCUGAAAAAUCAUCUACACGGGCACUCUGAUGAAAGGCCAUUUAACUGUGAUCAAUGUGGUAAAAGAUUUAUAUUGCAGUCAGUGCUAACAGCACACCUACGAAUCCAUGCAAAUGAAAAGCCUCACUCAUGUUCAUUUUGUGGAAAGAGUUUUUUAAGACUGAGCUCUUGGAAAGAUCACGAGAAAAUACAUACUGGUGUAAAAGAUCACGUGUGCUCGUAUUGUGGGAAGGGCUUCGUUACAGCCAGCCAUUUGAAAAGGCACCUGAGAAUUCAUACUGGAGAGAAACCUUACAAGUGCUCAUAUUGUGACAAGAGAUUCACUGUGCCAGAACACCAGAAAUCACAUGAGAGUAGAAUUCAUACUAGAGAGAAACCAUCCCACUGCCCUCCAAAGUUGUCAUCAUGUUCACAGAGUUGUAAAAGUGAGCAAAGUUCAUCUUCGCGUUCAACGCGUUCCAGUAAAUAG